UUUUUGUGUUUCGCGGAAUUGUAGCGGAUGUGUGAUGUAGUGUAGUGUAUUAUGUAGUUAUUUUCUAAAAAACUACGAAAUAUUUGUAAAUUAAAACAUUUUAUCUUGUAGUUUUAGUGCUUUUUCGUUGCUAGUUUUGAGAAAUUCACUUUAUAAGAUAAAUAAGCAGUAUGGCGGAAGCAGGGUUCCCUGGUCAGCACACAACCACUACAACAGUAACAUCCAACACAAUGGUGAACACUCGACUGAGAUUUGAUCCAUCCUACUUGAAGACCAUGCCUGGUGUGUUAAAAGUUGUACAAACAGUACUGUGUGUAGUUGGAGUUAUAUGUAUCGUUAGUUCGAGGUUGUCUAACCCAGGCAGAGAUGGCUACUUCAUCUGGACAACAAUGCUGGCGUUUUGGUUCACGGCUAUCCUUCUCGUGUUCUACCUGUUCCACAUUGUGGAGAAGUUCUACAAGAUACCGUGGCUCAAAAUGGAGUUCGUGCUCACGUCGGCAUGGACGCUGCUCAUCCUCGUAGCUGCGAUCCUGGCCGUCACCGUGAGUGAUGACGCGCACAUAGCUGGUGCGGUUUUCGCCUUUGUAGUGACCGUUGCUUACGGUAUUGACGCGUACAUAAAGCUGCGUGGUGUACAAGCGGGCGGUCUGGCUCAGGGCACCCGCGUCAUCUCCACACAGACCACCGAGGUGACAGCCGCUACGCCCAGAUUCUAACCGCACACGACCAACCACAUAUACCUCAUACACUUUUAUACGAACACAAUAAUGAUACUAUACACUACAAUUGUAGACGCACGCAAUCUGGGUAUAAUGUCACUAAACUGUAUGUUAAACUUGAAACAAAAUUAAAAAUGUGGGCGUAGAAUAAUUUGAAAAAAAAAAAAAACAGUAGGUCAAACUCAAUGACAAUGACGCUUACUUUAAGAAUGUACGCAAAUGACAUUGACAGAUGUUUCUUAGUAAGUAAGGUGCUUCCUGUCAUUUUCAUAAUUUAUUUACAUAUGGCCGCACUCAUAGUCGUUCCUUAUCUUAGUGUUAAGGAAUACUUAGCUAAGUAUACAUUAAUCUACUAAGGAGAGUUCUAUCCCAGAGACGUCGCUUUUGAUUUCCUUAUCUAAGUAAACAUUUAAGUAAGCAUAUAGCUGAACUUUCACUAUCGACAGGAUAUCGAUUAUCGAUAAAUUAUUUGUGAUACCAGUUCUAUAAUAAAUAAUAAGGCAAGUUAAUUUCUUAGCACCGAAAUUUAUUCAUAAACACUUAUUUUUUGAUUAAAAAAACAAUUAUUUUGAGUUCAAAAUUGAAUAGCAGGAAACUUUAAUUUUCUGAAAACAACGAAUAAAAUAAAUUAACUGCUUAUUUUUUUAUUGUGACAAUGUCUGAAGUCCAAUAACAAUCUCCUAUAAUUCAUUAAUUAAGUAUUCCUUAAACGAUACGGUGGUAAUCCUAUUACCUUAUGCACGUAACAAAUUAGCCAUAAUUAUUGUAAAUUCAAAUAACUUUACGGAACUGAAAAAAUCCAUUCAUAUGCACUUUAUUCGAAUUCACAAUAAUUUGAAACCUGGACUUGCUAACGCCGUGGCCACAGAAGUUUGUAAAUUACAUGUAGUGGCGUGUGACGACAUGUGAGUCGCAUUCCACGCGGAUCUUAGUUGAACACAUUGUACAGAAUUUUUUUCUCUAGUCCUACACCUUUAACAAUAUAACACUGUUACAACUCAAACGCAUAUUUACUGUUAGUUAUUAUGUUAAUAUGUUGAUGGUUAUUUUUAUUAAUAUUUUGUUUGUACCUUUAAUAUUUUUAAGUGAACAUAUUAUUGUACUUAAUUUUAUUCUAACUAGUACCGAUAAGUAUUUAAACACCUGCCUACACAGGACCUGAAACUAAACAGGUUAUAUUAUCUUAGAUUAUCAUUACAGAAAAAACCUAACAAAUAAAUAAUAAAAAUUUUGAAGUGAAAACUUUAGCAACGUUGAACAUUCUUGGUUCGGGUAUAAAAUGUCAAACUCGCGUCAGGACAGGUGACCUGAUCGAAAAGUCGUAACGACAGUAGUUGAAAUUAUGGAUGAAAGAUGAUUUUUCUGAGAGGUAAACUUUUUAAUGUUCGAGGUUCAAUUAAGUGUUAAUUUUUUAUGUAAUAUAAAUUGUUAUUUUAGUGUACCAUACCGCAAUAAAUUAAUAUGGUAUUUAACAACAUAAAUGCUACUACUUUUUUUACAGAUAAAUAAAGCAAUUCGUUCGAAAUUAUUCCCUAACCAUUCCAAACUAUCCAAAAAUGCACAAUGUUACUGUUCAAGUUUUCACUUCUGCCGGCACUCCUGGAGUGAAACCCGUGUUUUUUUUUAUAUUUAUAAUUUAAUUAUAAAAUAUGAUUUAAUAAUUUAAACAUUAACAAGGUAUUAAGAGCUCAAACUAGAAUCUAUACAAAAAUAACAUGACGUUAGGUGUGUAUGAUUAAUUUUAAAAUAUUUUUAAUAUAUUAUGUAUUAAUAAAAAUGCUUCUUAUUAUAUUAAGAUUAAUUAAGAUUAAUGUUAUUACAAUGUACCUGUAUAAUAUAAUGCACUUAGUAUAUAAGAGCUAUGUUUUGUUGUUAUGCUUUAUCCAAUGAUGUUCUAUACAUAUGGACAUAUCAUAGCAGUCUAAAAAUGGAACGGCAAAAGUGUGCUUAAAGCCAAUGUAAGCACACUUUUCUCCUUAGUUGUGUGUCAACUGUGUGUCAAUCAACAAGCCCAAGUGUGCUAUAAAAAGUGUUUUAAUAAUACAUUAACGACUCAAAAAAAGAUGGUGCGACUUAUCAUCGGUAAGAUAACUUCAAUAUAUAAGAUUGAUAUGCAAAAAGUGUAAGUAAUUUAAUUAAACGAAUAUUUUUUCAUUAAAUGUGGUAUUAAUUAUUGACAAGUCCCCAGACAAAACCCGCUUGUCAGAAUGGGACAGUUGAAAGGACACAAACAGAAAUGUAUCUAGGACAUAAUAGUCGAAGGUUAUUAUGGUGUCAUUUGUGGCAUGUACCAUAUUUCGGCUUUGAUUUUGUAUGAGGUCCAUUGUCUAUAUGAAUAGAACAUCAUUGGCUUUAUCUAUAUAUUAUAUGCUUUUUCUAACUAUAAAAUAAUUUUGCCAUAGUAACUAUGUAGCAGGAACUUUGAUUACUUCUUUACAUCUUUUUAAAUGAAUUUCGACUGUGCAUAUUGAUAUCAACAGUUUUAUUAACUUAAUCAUGAAUUUAAUUAUUUUUUUUACAUUUUUGAUAGAAAUGUUUGAUUUUUGCUGUUAUUAUUAUUAUUGAAAUUGUCGUUAUUACUAUUAGGACUUACUUAUUGACUUAUUUUAUGCAUUUUAAUCGUGUUAUCUGUUAUGACAAGUUGUUCGAAUAAAAAAUAAUAUGUAGAAAUUCAACUAUUGGUUAUAAAUGGAUCUUUCGUUCGCUUAUAUAUUUUAAAACCCUUUAAAUGGUAUUUAAUUGAAGUGUUAUUUAUUGUAUUAGUUAUACAUACUUACCUAAUACAAAGUCGACAUUCACACUCAAUAAAACUCACAUUUGUAUAAUUAUGGAUUUCCGCAAAAUAACUCCCGAAUUCAAUAUAAUUUUUUGUUUAAAUUUUUGCAUAUUUUAUCCAAUGACAUAUCUACAUAAUCUGCACAAAUAAUUAAUGAAAAAAUCAUUACAAGAAUACAUUUUUAAUGACAGACAAUGAAACAAUAUUUUCAUGCAGUUUGAACACCUGACAAGCAGACUUAAUAGAUCAGACUCAAGAAAUAAAAAACAAAUUAAAUUUUUUAUUCAAUGAAAUUUAUUGUUAAUUGUGUUUAGACCUAAAAAUCAAACCGCCAAGUGUGUUAAUAGUUCCAAGGAACAAACUUGUUCGAUGUCUGCAUUAUUCUGAUUAAGGUCAGCGGGUAACGCAACGGGUUUGGUAGAAUAUAUAUUCACAUUAAUUUGUUCAAAUGUAAACCCAAGCCUAAGGUGCCGCCAUCCAUAAAUUAUUAUGUCACACGAAUUUUGAUUAUUUUUUUUGGUUAUGUUUUGAUAAAAUCUAAACAAAGGCAUGAAAAUCGACAACAUAUAAAAAAAUAUACUCAAUUUGCAAGUUUAUUAGAUACGUAGUUUAGUCUAGUUAAAAUUUAGUGUUGUAAUACUGUUACGUAUUACAUGUGACGUCAUUUAUGGAUAGAUAUAUUAUCCUUAAUUUGUAAUCUGAUUGACAUUUUAAGACUGUGCCUUGUCUCAUAGUACUUUUAUUAUGUCCCACUGUAUAGUGAAAUUUAAAUAAAAUGUAUCCAUACCAUCACUCCUAAAAUAUUAUGUUAAAAUUAGAUAAAUUUAUUGAGUCAUAACUUGAAUCUGAAUAACGUACCUACAUUCAAUUAAUGUGCCUUAAUGAAGUGGAUUUACUAUAAAUUGUAUAUUUUUAAUUAAUAUAAUUAUAUUUUUAUACUGCAACUAAUAUGUAUUAACAUAAUAUUUUUUCUUUUGUUAUAUGAUUAAAUAAAAUUAAUUGGUUUUA